CCCCCUCCCCCAUCCCCCAUCCCCCAUCUACUCCACUACGGCAAAACUCAGCAAUUACUCCUCCUCUCCCUCUCCACCUCUACACCCCACUCGAAGAAGAAGAAGCAGCAGCAGCGGCAGCACAAGAAGCACAGGAAGCAGCCUAAGCAGCCUGCAUAACACUCCCUCAGAACCUCACUCCACUCCACAGAGCCACAGAGAGAGAGAGAGAGAGAGAGAGAGAGAGAGGGGCAGAAGAGAGGGACAGAAGGAGAGGUGGGCAAGAAUGUUUGCAGCUGAGAACGGGCUGAAGGGCGACCCCAGGCUCCAGGCCAUCUCCCGGGCCAUCCGGGUCGUCCCCGACUUCCCCAAACCAGGGAUAAUGUUCCAGGACAUAACGACGCUGCUGCUGGAUCACAAGGCGUUCAAGGACACCGUGGACAUCUUCGUCGACCGGUAUCGCGACAUGGACGUCUCUGUCGUCGCAGGGGUAGAAGCCAGAGGAUUCAUGUUCGGUCCGGCGAUUGCAUUAGCUAUCGGCGCGAAGUUUGUCCCUUUGCGCAAGCCCAGAAAGUUGCCGGGUGAAGUAAUAGCAGAAUCAUAUGUCUUGGAGUAUGGAACUGAUUGUCUUGAAAUGCAUGUGGGUGCUGUUGAGCCUGGUGAGCGUGCAAUAGUGAUCGAUGAUUUGGUUGCCACAGGUGGGACCUUGUCUGCUGCUAUAAAACUUUUGGAACGAGUUGGGGCUGAAGUGGUCGAAUGUGCUUGUGUUAUUGGGUUGCCCGAGGUCAAGGAUUGCUGCAGGAUUAAGGGGAAGCCGCUUUACAUUCUCGUGGAGCCUCGCCUAUCAGAUGAAUGCUGUUGAGCUUCCUAGUCAAAGGUUGUGCUUGGGCUGAUAAAGCAAAAUGUGAUGCUUGAGCAAAUGGUUAGUGACAAGGGGAUCUCGCCAUACUAGGGUCAAUGACUCGAGUCCUAUUCCAGAAAAUCUUGGUUUCUGCACCAUUUCAUUUGUAGUUUUGAACAGAUUAUCAUUAGGAAUACCAUCAAUGGAUCUUUGGUUUUUUUUGUUUCUUUUAUUGAUUUUUUCUUUUGUAGAUUAAAUGCCCAUUUGUAUCUGAUAAUUUUCCAUUUCUGUAGUGGAUGGCAAUUUAGAUGGUGCAGUUUAUCAUUGAAUGUCUAAAGCCAGGCCCAUUAUUCUCUGCAGAUUGUUUAU